CCCGGAGGCCCAGGAGAGGCUGCCCGUUGCGGGAGAGACAGCCGCCCAGCGCACUGCCCAGGAGGCCUCAGAGAGGCUGAUGCCAGGGCCAAGUGAGUCUGGGGCAGCAAAAGGAAAGGCAGGGCGGGCCUGGGCCAAACAUGGCUUUGGGGCAGCCUUCCCCUUCUGCCAGGCGCCAAAGCUGAGGUUUGUGCCCAUUGUCUUUCCUUCCUGGCAACUCCCCAGAGGCUGGUGACUGAUGGCUCAUAGGCCCGGCCGGCACUGGUCCAGGGACUGCCAUUUUGAGAAGACUGGUCCAGGGCAGUGGGGAGCACAGUCCUAUGGACAUGGACAUGCGAAACCCACCCCAAGUGAGGGCUUGGCUGCACAGAGUCUGGAGGGUGCGCAGGAGGCGCAUGGUUAUGAUCCAGCCAUGAUAAUAUGCGAAUGUUAAAAGAUAAAACUAAGCAAUUGUUAUUAGACAAUCAUAGAAUAAUCAUUAAAGGUUAAGAAGAAGAAAACUUUAAUGGUCUGGGCAGAGUAGCAAAGGAUUUUAGAAGGGGAAUAAAUAUCUGGUGUUAUACAACUAGAUAUUCGAUGAGAGGUAAAAGUAAUGUAAGAAAGGAAAGUAAAACGAGAAGAUAGGAAGCCUCUCUAGCUGAAAGGAAGAGGAUCAGGGAAGAAGAGCAAAUCAGUAUAAAUGGUAGCUUAGUGUUAAGAGAGGGUUAAGUACGUAGUGGAGGGUAAGAGGAAGGAAGGAAGGAAGGAAGGGAGAGAGUGGGAAAGGACAGAAAGACUGAGAAAGCGGUCAGAGAAGUAGGAAGGGAGAAGAAGAAGAGAACUGAAAGAAAGGUUGAUAAAAAUGAAGGAUGUUGGAUGAGGUCAAUAGAUUAAAGGAAAAGAUGUAUUAAUGUGGAAGAAUUAUGGGAAACGUUAGAGAUUUGUGUCUUGGUUUAAUGUAUGUUUGCUGUAUGUUUUGUUAUAAGAUUCAAUAAACAUCACAAAAAAGGAUGUUUGAUCUGGAGGGAGAUAAAAGUCAUUUAAUUAAAUGGUUUAAAAGGUAUAACGCAAAGGGACAAAAAGGAAGAGUGACAAAGAGCAACCUAUAGAGUCUCCUUCCUUGGAGGCUGUCUUUAAGCAGAGGCUGGAUGGCCAUCUGUCAGGGAUGCUUUGAUUUGGAUUUCCUGCAUGGCAGAAGAAGGGGGUUGGACUGGAUCAGGGCCCUUCUUGGGGUCUCUUCCAACUCUAUGAUUCUAUGAAAACAUGUUUUAAAAACCCUAAAAUAUAUAGUUCCUACUUUCCUGCCAAUGGUUCCAAUAAAUGUACAACUCUAGUUCCUUAGUGUGCCGUGAACAAUCGCACUUUCUAAAGCUCACGGUCUGGUUUCCUUCUGGCCUUCUUUGGUGCAAACCAUUAGCCAACAUAGGUUGCAAUGCGAUACCUGGUCCCUCUGCCUUCUCAGGAGGUACCUCCCUGCCUCCAGGAACAAUGUAAGGUGGGGGGCUUCCUUCCCUUGGGCAGACGUCCCUGACCUCCCUCUACUGACCUGCUGCCGUUUGUGCCCAAAGCCUGGCAGGGCUUUGGGAAGGCAAGCGAGCCAGCGAUUGUGCCAGGGAGGGGAAGCACCUGUGCUCCUUGGGCUCAUUUGCCUGCUGUGCCACCGGAAGCCUUCAGUCAUUUCCACCCAAUUUGCAAAUGGUGGUGGUGGUGAUGGUAAUGGUGGGAGCGCCCAGCCCCCUCGCUCCUUAAUUCCUCCCCACCCUGAGCCAGUUUCUCCCCCUUCCCCCACCAUUAAAGUGGUGCUAUAAUUGCCACCUUUCCAGCAGAGGGUGCCCAUGCCAGCACAUAAGGUCAAAAGAAGCCAUCAUGAUGUACAGACAGAAAUACUGUACACUUCCACUCCGCUGCCUAGAAACAGGUCCUUUCAUCUCCCGGUAAUGCAGAACAAACCCAGUGGGUCUUUCUUGGGGCUGGGGGGUUAUGAGCAAGAGUGUAUCAAGGGACAGUUUGGAGCUGGUGUGGGUUAGGAGAAAUACUCUUUCUGUGCCCACAGAGAUGACGGCCAUCUGGGAGGUCUUGCAAAAUGUUUCCCCUGGGAACUGGCGACAGGAGCUGGUCCAGCAGCUGAUCCUUCCGGUGGCCUGGCAUGCCUCCGAAAUGGUAGUGGUGAGGCUGGGCUCUCUGGGGAGGCACAGGGAGGAUGGAGGAACUGAGACCCAAAACCCAGGAGAUGUGGGGAGCUCUGCCCAGACCAGGUCCUCUGAGAUAUUUUGGGCAGGGUGGUACAUGCCUUGAAAGGGAGCCUGGCUGUUCAGGGAAGAGCCACCCAGCAAUUGCUCAGCGGUGGAGGAGCUGAGGCUGGUCCAGGCUGUGAGCGAGCACCUUGUGUGGCAGCAGAGCCUGGGGUCUCCGGCCUCCUCUGCUCCCUCCUCCCACCACCUGUGCCUUCUUGCCCUCCUGGCCAUCAGCGGCUGCAGCCGUCUCCUCCAGGCCAGCCUUGGGCCCUGCUCGCUAGGAGCCAUGGGCAGCACCCAGGAGCAGCAGCUGGAGCAGCGGGCAUCCCUGGCUAGGUCCCUGAUGGAGAUUCUCAGCAACCUGGAGGCAGCCCUGUCAGGUGGCCAGGGACCCAACAGGACUGCUUUGGCCCUGGAAGCACCACUCCUCAGCCUCUCUGUGCACAGGCUGAUCUCCUCCCAGCUGGGUGCCACUGUUCUCUCCUUCCCCAGCAAACCCUGGGCAGCCAGGGUGGUCUUGCCAGAGCAGCAUGCCUUGGACCCCUUUGUGCCGCCCAACGUCUGUGUCGAUGUGCAGAUGACGAGCUUCUUGGGGAGCCCUUUCUUCCCUUCCGAUACCUCCACACAGCAUGUGGUCACAGGCACCGUCCUUGAACUGGACCUCCUUGUUGGGAACACUGAGAUCCAUGUCGGCCACCUGAGCACUCCAGUCCAGAUCUUCCUGCCCCAGGCACUGGCCUCAGAGGACUGGGGCCCCACUGUCUCUGUCUCUCCUGGGAAGUCGCUACUUCUGACAGUGGAGGGAAGGUGGGCAGGGGGCUCCCUGGGGAUCCAGGCCUCCACCCGGCCCCAGCAGCCUUUGGGGCUCUUCCUGCUGCAGUGGGAUCAGCAGCUCCUGCAGCCCAGCGCCAUCGACCCAGGUGGCUACUCUUGGCUAGUGGGGUCAGAGGUGCUCCUGGCCCCAGGGGGAGCCCCUCGCUUCCUGCUGGUGCCACUGAACCUCUCCACUGGGAGCUCCGAGGUCUCCAUCCACCUCAGUGCCUAUGGGACCCAGUGCCUCUCCUGGCACCAACCCAGCGCCCAGUGGAGGGAGGACGGCUGUUUGGUGGGGCCCCAGAGCCGCCUGGUGCCAGGAGGGCAUUGUCUGUGCACCCACCUCUCCUUCUUCGGCACCUCUUUCUGGGUGGCACCAGUCCAAGUGGAUCUGGUGCGUACAGCAGAGUACUUCGGGCGCGUUAGCGAGAACCCCAUCCUGGCCAUCCUGCUGGGGGUCCUCUAUGCACUCUACUUGUCAGGGAUGGCAUGGGCCUGCUGGAUGGACAUGCGAAAUCCACCCCAGGUGAGGGCCACCCUGCUGAUGGGGGACGACCCCUGUGCCCAGUAUGGCUACCUGCUGCGUGUCAGCCUGCAGUGGUCCCAGAGUCCUGGCUGCAGCAUUGAGCUCUCCAUCAGCCUCCAGGGAUCCUCUGGCACCAGCAAGCCCCGGCGCCUCCCCUCCCCUGGUGCUGGCACCUUUCUGCUGCACGAACCAUGCCCACUGGGAGAGCUGCAGAGCAUCUGGCUGUGGCAGGAGAGCCCCAAUGCCCCACAGGCACCCUGGUACAUAUCAGAGGUCACGGUGCAUGACCUGCCACAGCGAAAGCACUUCUACUUCCCUUGCCAUGCUUGGCUUGUUGCAGGAGAAGAUGGGCUCAGCAGCUCCCCACAGCGCUUCCCAGCAGCUCCCUCAGAAAAGGCAUUCUGCAGGCCCAUCUUCCGGCAAAGGGCCCUGCGGGACCUCUGGGAGGAGCACACAGUUCUGCUGGUCCUGCAGCCACCGCCCCACAGCCCCUUCACCCGGGCCCAGCGCCUCUCCUGCGGCUGGUGCCUCCUGCUCUGCUCAGCCCUCAUUAGCCUCAUGUUCUGGGAGGUUCCACAGGAAGAUGCACCUCAACUGUGUGUCGGCAGCGUCUUCUCCCUCUCCUGGAAGGAUGUCGUGAUCGGGGCAGAAAGCGCCCUCCUCGCCUUCCCCAUCAACUUCCUUGUCGUCUUCAUCUUCCAGCGCACUAAGCCCCGCAGGCGCAACCGGGAACCCAGACAGGCACCCUCCACAGGGCUCAGUGUCCCAGAUGGACCCAGUAGCCCACAGGUGGCUGUGCUUGAGCAUCUGCGUAAUGCCGUGGGGGUCCUGAGCAGAGGAACAGAAUGGUUGGAGCCACAGCACCCACUCCUUCCCAGCCUGAGCCUCGAGGAACUUCUGCAGCUGCUGGGCCGUCUGGUCCUGGCUGAUGAGGGGCAGCCCAAGACCCUGCAUGAUGCUGAGGAGCCCAAAUCCUCCUCAUCGCUGCACAAGGUCUAUUGCAGCCGCUUCCUCCUCCGGAAACUGCAGCUCGUGGCAUGCCUCCUAGAAGAGCUGGAAGCAGGGUCCUCUCCGGCCUGUCCCCCCCAGGCCCUGCAACUGGUGCAGGAGAUGGCGGGAGCCCUGGAUGCACGCCUCUCAUCUGGUCAACAUGGCCACCACAAGCGAUGCCAAUGGUGCCUCCCCUGGUGGGGCGCCUUGGUGGGCUGGGCCCUGCUUGCCUCCCUCAGCACCAUCUCCACCUUCUUCAUCCUGCUCUAUGGCUUCCACUAUGGCAAGGAGAGCACUGAGCGCUGGCUGAUCUCCACUGCUGUCUCCCUCGGGCAGAGCCUCCUGGUGCUCCAGCCUCUGAAGGUGGUCUGCUUUGCCAUCUUCUUUGCGCUGCUCCUGAAGAAAGCAGAGGAUGAAGUCCCUGCUGAGGAGGGGUCCCUUGAUCCACCAGAUGACAGGCUGAGCUCUCACCAGUGACCAGGAGAGGACAGCCUUCCACUCAGGACCCCCAGCCACUCCCAGUCUCUCCGUUGGACCACUCUGUGCUGCCUCUCUUUCUGGAGCCACAACGUCCAUUGCCCCCUACAUGCUCCCAUCCACCCUCCUUUGCUCAGAUGAAGCUGCCCAUGGCCCUGCAGAGACUGGACCCAGAAUUGGCAGAGCAAGGCAGCUGGGGCGGCGGGGGGGGGGGAAGAGAAGACACCUCCCUCCCAAUCCUGUGACCUACUCCUCAUUGAUUGACAGGGAUUGAGCUCAAUAAAGGAAAUGCACCUAUCCAUCACGUUGAU